UCUCUCUCACUCUCUCAUGGAGAUCAGAGGCUUGCUUUCAUGUUGCUUAUUUGGAACUUUCCUCCUGAUUUCCUCUGCUCCUUCCCUCUAUUUCUCUCACUCAACCCAUGAACUUUCCUCCCAUCUUCUUGCUAGAAGCCUAUUAAACAACACAAUCCCACAGUAUUUGAUACCCCACAACGCUGUAAGAGCAAAGCUUGGGCUCCCUCCUCUUACAUGGAGCAAAAAACUAGCCAAUUACGCUUCUUGGUGGGCACACCAACGCCAAGGAGAUUGUGCUUUGAUUCAUUCCAACAGCAACUACGGCGAAAAUCUCUUCUGGGGAAGUGGGGAAGAUUGGGAACCAGGUGAUGCAGUUGAAGCAUGGGCUGCCGAAAGAAGUUACUACAACCACAACACCAAUUCUUGUACUCACGGCAAAGAUUGCCUGCACUAUACCCAGAUUAUUUGGAGGCAAAGCUUGAAGGUUGGUUGCGCAAAAGUCAUAUGUAGAAGUAAGGACACAUUUAUCACUUGUAACUAUGAUCCCCAUGGUAAUGUGAUAGGUCAAAAACCUUUCUGACGUGUUGUAUAUAA